CCCCGACCCGUCGGGCCGGUCCUGCCGGGGCUGCCCGAGCCUUCCUGCCCCGAGCGCGGCUUUGGCCCCGUCCUCCUCAGCCUCCUCCAGCCUCGUCCGACCUACUCCAGCCGUCCUCAUCCUCCCGAGCCUCUUCAGCCUCCUCCCACCGUCCUCAUCCUCCUGCAGCCGUCCUCCUCAGCCGAGGACCUUCUCCAAACCUCCUCCAAACCUCCUCCAACCUCCUCGCCCUCCUUCCAACCUUCUCCAUCCUCCCCGCAGCCUCCUCCAACCCUCCCCGACCUUCUUCAACCACUUCCCGACCUCUUUCCAAACUCCCUCCUCCCGAUCUUCUCCGGCUUCCUCGUCCUCCCUCCGAGCUCCUUUUUCCCACCUCCCCGAGCUCUCCCCAGCCUCUUUCCCCACUUUCCCGGCCCGAUGUCGGUCUCCAUCCCCCGGCAGCCGCUCCGGAGCAGCUCGGCCGUUCCGGGCCGUUCCUUCUCGUCGCGCUCCUUCACGGCGGGCCCGGCGCUGAGGAUGAGCGCGGCCCCGCCGCUCGGUCCUUACGGGGGGCUCCGCGGCGGCUCCGGGGCUCUCGGGGCUCCCUCGUGGCUGCCGGGGGCGGGCGGGGGCAUCGCGGCCGUCACCAUCAACCGGAGCCUCCUGGCGCCGCUGGACGUGGCCGUGGACCCCGAGCUGCAGGAGCUGCGCCGGGAGGAGAAGGAGCAGAUCAAGACGCUCAACGAUAAAUUCGCCGCCUUCAUCGACAAGGUGCGGUUCCUGGAGCAGCAGAACAAACUCCUGGAGACCAAGUGGGGGCUCCUGCGGGCGCAGCCGGCGCCCCGCAGCAGCCUGGGGGGGCUCCUGGAGGGCUACGCCGGGACCCUGCGGCGGCAGCUGGAGGGGCUGGGGCAGGAGCGGCAGCGGCUGCGCGCGGAGCUCGGCCACGUCCGGGGCCUUGUCGAGGAGUUCAAGGCCAAGUACGAGGAGGAGAUCAACCACCGCACCGAGAAGGAGAACGAGUUUGUCCUGCUCAAAAAGGACGUGGAUGAAGCCUACAUGUCCAAGGUGGAGCUGGAAUCCCGCCUGGAGAGCCUGACCGACGAGAUAAACUUCCUGCGGCAGCUCUACGAGGAGGAGCUGCAGGAGCUGCGGGCGCAGGUGUCGGACACGGCCGUGGUGGUGUCCAUGGACAACAGCCGCCAGCUGGACAUGGCCGGGGUCCUGGCCGAGGUGCGCGCGCAGUACGAGGACAUCGCUGGCCGCAGCCGCGCUGAGGCCGAAGGCCUCUACCAGGUCAAGUACGAAGAGCUGAAGACGGCGGCCGGGAAGCAGGGGGACGACCUGCGCCAGACCCGGAGCCAGAUCCAGGAGCUGAACCGGCGGAUCCAGCGCACCCAGGCGGAGAUCGAGGCUCUGAAAAAUCAGCGCUCAGGGCUGGAGGCGGCAGUGGCCGAGGCCGAGGAGCGUGGGGAGCUGGCGCUGAGGGACGCCCGGGCCAAGCUGGGGGGGCUGGAGGGGGCCCUGGCCCAGGCCAAGCAGGACCUGGCGCGGCAGCUCCGGGAGUACCAGGAGCUCAUGAACGUCAAGCUGGCCCUGGACAUCGAGAUCGCGACCUACAGGAAGCUGCUGGAGGGCGAGGAGAGCAGGCUCGAGGCCGCAGUGCAGAACCUGAGCAUCCACGCCAAGACCCCGAGGUACCUGGGUGGAUUCGGGGGGGGUUUCGGGGGGGGAUUUGGGGAGGCGUUUGGGGGGGCCGUGGUCAGCUCGGGGUACUCGGUGCCCCCCCCACCCCCCGAGGGCACGGCCCCCCCCAGAUCCCGCGCCAUCGUCAUCAAGAAGAUCGAGACCCGCGACGGGAAACUCGUGUCCGAGUCCUCCGACGUCCUGGAAAGCUGAACCCCCUUUCCUGGGGGACCCCCGUUCCUCGGCUUGGCCAGCUGACCUGAGCCCCCCCUUUCCUGAGCCGACCCUAAAUCCUGACCUGCUGGAGCCCCCCAGGACCCCCCUUCCUGGGGUGUCCCCCAUGUCCACACAAACCCGCCCCCCCCUUUCCCAGGGGAUCCUCCGUGUUCCCGCCCUCCCAGGGGCGUCUCCCGACAGGGUGAACCCCCUUUCCUGAGAGGGGGUCUCCACAUCCAGCCUGGCUGAGCCCCCCUUUCCAUCCUGGGAUGUCCCCCCAUGUCCUGGAAAGAUGAGCCCCCCAUUUCUGGGGAGGGUCCGUGACCUGCUGAGCUCCCCCCUUCUCUCUUGGGGGGGUCCCCCCGUGUCCUGCCCUGCUGAGCCCCCCUGGGCCUCCCCUUCUCAGGGUGCCCCCCCGGGUCCUGCCGAGCUGAACCCCCUUUUCUGGGGUGGUGGGGGAGAUCCCCCCACGUCCUGACCUGCUGAGCCCCCCCAGGUCCCCUCUUUCCUCCCUGCGGGGGGCCCCUCUGUGUCCAACCACCUGAGCCCCCUUUCCUGGGGCUGUUCCCCCAUUCCCGGGGGGAUCCCCACGUCCUGACCUGCUGAGCCCCCCUCCAUCCCGGCCUCCUUCCCUGGGGGUCCCCAGCUCCAUCCCGGACCCCAGGCAGGCACCGACAGCCUGAGGCAGUGCCCCCCCGGGGGGCUCCGAGCCCCCCACUGUCCCCUCCCGGCCUGUGGGGUGGGAACUGGGGGGCCCGGGCCUGCCCCCGGGGUUCUGCUCGCUGC